AUGAAGAGCUGCAAAAACAAUGCGAACUUCUUUUGGUGCAACUUGAAAAAGAAGCUUCGAUUGGAUGGACGAAAUUUUGAAGACUCAAGGAAUAUUUCGAUAUAUUUUUUCGGAGAGUACGGAAAUGUAGAGGUUUCCAUUGGGCAUACAAAAGUUAUAUGCAAAAUCACAAGUGAAAUUGUGAAGCCCUUUGAUAAAAGACCAAAUGAAGGAAUAAUAAAAGUAAAUUUAGAUAUAGAUAGUUUCACAAAUGUAAAUGACAAUUCCCAAAUUAGUGAUGAAUGUUUGGAAAUUAAAAAUUUAAUUGAAAGAAUUUUAAAAUCAAGUAAUCUUUUAAACUUUGAAUCUUUGUGUAUUAUCCCCCACAAGAAAGUGUGGUGUUUGUUAGUAAAUAUUAUUGUCGUAGAAAACGAUGGAAAUUUAUAUGACUCUUGCUUUUUGUCUGCUUACAGUGGAUUAGUACAUUAUCGAAAUAAUGAAGUGACAGUUGAUAGUAUUGGAAAUAUAUUUAUCGAACAAGGGGAGACGAAUUACACCCCCUUGUCUAUUCAUAAUACUCCUAUUUUGACUACCUUUGCGUACUUCAAUUGUGAAGAUAUAUGCCUGAUUGAUCCAUCGAUACAGGAAGAAGAGUUUAUGUCAUCCAAAUUAUCCGUUGCACUUAAUAAAAACGGAAAAUUAGUGAGUAUAUUGAAACCCGGGGGAUCGCCCAUAUCGUAUGAAAAGAUACUUGAAGCUAUCGAGCUAGCGAAAAAAAGAGUUAAAAGCAUUUUGAAAAUUUUAGAAGAUGCAUUAGAGGAAGAUAAAAAUUUAAGAAAUAGUUUGAAGAAGAGAAAUUUACAAAUAAAAUAUUCUUCAAAUCCUGUACACAUAAAAUAUGAUGACGCAAGGGUUCAUGCAAAACCGCUCGUUAUUCCCCCGAACAAAUCAGUAAAAAAUAAUAUCAAUAUUGAAAAAAUUAUAAAGAAAUAUGAACAAUAUAUAUAUUCGCAGGAGGUGAAGAAGGAAGAAAAAGAAAAAUCGGCGCAGGUUCAGACAACCCUAGGGGAUACUACGCGGACGAGUCAGUACCUCAUAAAUGAAGAGCUUCGAAAAUUGAAGCAGAAAAUAGAACCAAAGAAUGGAAAUGACUUUUCGUACAUGGAUAAGUAUGAUGACGAUAUCAGCGAUAUCAGUAGUAACCUUGAUACAAAGAACGAAGUGAACCUUGGAAGUGCAGAUGUGGGAAAGAUAAAAAGACAAGAAUUCAGCGACACCAACUCGCAUCUGCAUAAUUUGAAAAUGCAAAGAACGGGCGAGAUGCCCAGAAAGGACAUGGCUAACCCUGCAGGGUUGAAAGCGAUGGGUGUCAUCAGAACGGGGAAUGAUAAAAUUAAGGGCACUGUUAGCUCAAAUCCGCAUUUUAAAGGACACCCAAUUUUCGAGGAUGAUAAAAGGAAGACGAGUGCUCAGAAGCACGCCGACUCGAAUGACGAUUCAUCCGACAUAGACUUCUCCGUGGCCAUUAACCAAAAUUUGAAAAAAACGAAGAAGAAAAGAAACUAG